CCAAAGUGUCUUGAAACUUGGAGCUGAGAAUUUGUAAAUAAACUAUUUAAAUGAUGAUCCCCACAACGCAAGCUCAACCUCUAUAUAUAGCUCCCACUUUGACGAUCUUCUCAGCUAUUCAGUCUUGCUUCAGAAACCAAAAUCAUCCCUUCAAUCUUCCACAAUCAGUGACCUCAAAGCUACAAAUUCUAGCCAAAGACGAUAAUGCUUCAAGAGAUCUUCAGUCCCUUUGAGACCGAUCAAUGCGAUGUCUUGAGAUCAAUUUGUGAGCAUCUUCUUGAAGAUGGUGAUGAUGGUGUCAACGCAACGUUUUGUACACCAGCUCCUGCAAACGCGUACUCGAGGAGUUCAAGCUUCAGCAGUCUUUUGCUGACGGAGGGUUGGGGCGAACUGCCCCUCAAAGUCGACGACUCUGACGACAUGUUGGUGUACGGCGCUUUGUGCGAAGCGCUCCAUUCCGGGUGGACGAUCCCUUCGUCUUCGGAUCAAGAACUUGAUUUGGGAGUGACAACCAUUGAUUGUAACAACAUUGGUCUGGCUUUGAAUCAAGAACUUGAUUUGGAAAUGAUGACCAUCGAUUAUAGCAGCGUUGGUACGGCAACGGAGGAGAAACCGGAGAUGGUGGAGCAUGAGGUACAAGUGCCGGUCGAGAAGACACAUUAUAGAGGAGUAAGGAGGCGGCCGUGGGGAAAAUAUGCAGCGGAGGUAAGGGACCCCAAGAAGAACGGGGUAAGGAUUUGGCUCGGUACCUAUGAGACACCCCAGGACGCAGCAUUGGCCUAUGACCGGGCAGCUUUUAAGAUGAAGGGGUCCAGGGCCAAGCUCAACUUCCCUCACCUCAUCGGCUCCACCGAGUACGAGCCCAUCAGGGUCAGCCCCAAACGUCGGUCUGCCGAGCCUAGCUCACCGUCCACGUCCAGCGAUGAUGGCUCGAUGACCGGGACGAAGAGGAGGAGAAAGAGAGAGGUCAAUGUGGAUGCUGAGGUGGAUUUUGGAAGUCCAAUCUCCCUUCCCAUUCUAGACAUGGGCUUGUUGAGUGUGGAUGAACAAUUUUUAUUUUGAUUGUGAAAACUGCAAACACCAUAUAUUUGAUCAAUGAAAAGCCAGUCAGGCAAUUAUCGUGUAGAAA